UACUUUGAGAUACUCAACUUUUUCCAGGUACUUUGGGUUUUCCUUUCCACACUGAGAGGUUUUUGUGCCAUUUUGAGUCUCUGAGAGGUUUUUGUGCCAUCCUGGCCUCCAAUUCUCUCCUCCAAGGAGUCCAUGAGGAGCCUGUGUUGGGGAUGGACCUCAGUGGCACCCAUUAAUGCUUUGAGACACUUUGGGGUUUUCUUCUGCCUUGGACUCCUGGAAAGGUUUGUGCAAUCUCCUCUCAGGCCCUGAGGUUCCAGGGCUCAGCUCCAAAUGCACCACGGUGCUCAUUAGGAUCAAGCAAGUCCUGACAAACCAUGGCUCUGCCUUGAUUUCCCUCUGCUCUACUGCAGUUCAUCAGGAAGUUUUCCGUAGUGGUUUUGGUUCAUCAAUUUGAGAUUUCUCGGCCAAUGCACCAAUUAGUGUGGUGGGUUCAGUGCUGGCUAAUUACCUGUGCACUCACUAGAAUAUACUUACUAAUUUCCAGCGCUAAGAUAGGAUUAGGAGAAAAGCAAAAUAGGCUCAAAACUUUAAAAGGAUAUUGAAGCAAUAUGCAGAAUAAAUAAAUAGACUCCACAACCUGGGGUAGUUAUGAAGUGGGUAUGUAUGUCAGUGCUCCUACUUGAGCUGGGCUUUUUGUAGGACUUUUGGCAGCCUUGUCUUGCUCAGCUUGGGGUGAAUGAUCCUUGUCAGUCUUGCUGGUAUCAUUUCCUCCCUUUCCUCCAGGGGUUUUAACAAACUUUUCAAGGAAGGACAACAAAAUAUUUUGUUUACACUGGCCACCCACAACAGCCAUUUUCCUCAUAAGUUCUUCCACAAGUCCCUCAGAGGAACCAGUGUCCAAGCUGUUCCAAGAGUUCCUCCAGAAAGAACAAGUUCCUCAGAAGAGGGAUGUAACCAAAAGUGUGUUUUCAGUCAUCAUCUUCAUGAACUGUGAUAAACAGGUGGGGCAGUGUUCUUUAUCUCUGCCAUGACUCAGCCCUGAUAACGCCCUCCAGGGGCCAUCUUCUGUUAAUGGGCCAUUGAGUGUCACUGCAGGACUGAUAAAAUUACAUCAUCCCAUUGUGGGAUGCUCCGCCCAGGGGGAGGAACCAAGCAUUCCUGCCUGGAUAUAAUCUCACCCUUUCAACACCAGGAGCACCUUGCCUACUGGAUUCCCAGAGGACAAGAGCUCCAUAAGCACCACUGGACCUUCAGAGGAAGAUCAGACCCUUCUACAGGAUCAACCCUUUGACAGAAUCACGUUCUUCACUCUAGCCGGACUGCAGCCACCAUUUCAUCAGACUGCUACCACCUCCCUGACCAACGGCGUGUCAGGUUAUAUCCUGACUCUGUCAGAUUAAGCCAGUGUUUCUGGAUCAUUGCCUUGAUCUUAAUAUUCUUACUAAGUCGUAAUUCUGGCUUAAAUUCUCCCCCUGAUUUGCUCCAAACCAGUAGAAAACUCAAUGAGCUCAUCUCUUGUUUCCCUCCCAGAACAGAAUUUCCGAUUCCCAGACCUUCACCAAAUGGAGGAGGAGGCUGCAAGGAAGAGGAAGAUGUCCCAGGACACCCAGGCAGACAAGGAGCUGAGGAUGGAGACCAGGGAGGACAAAUCUCCACGGCAGAACCUCAUGGAAGAGGACAUUUUGAGCAGCUCCAUGGUGCCAGAAUCCAACAGGGAGGAAAUUCCCGAGAGAUCCCACAGGAGGAGGGGCUGCAAACCCAGCCCAGGGUGCUCUGAGGAGGAAAGACCCACCCUGUGCCAGGAAGGUGGACAGAGCUCCAGCCAGAGCCCGGAGAUGGUGGUCCAUGAGCAGCUUCAUGACAGGGAGAGGCCCUACAAGUGCUUGGAGUGUGGGAAGAGCUUCAGGCGGAGCAACAACCUGAUCUGCCACCAGAUGAUCCACACCGGGGAAUGGCCCUACGAGUGUGGGGAGUGUGGGAAGGGCUGCAGCUCUGCCCUCGUCACCCACCAACGCAUCCACACUGGGGAGAAGCCCUACGAGUGUCCCCAGUGUCAGAAGAGGUUUCAGACCAGCUCCCAUCUUCUUGUACUUCAGCGGAUUCACACAGAGGAGAGGCCCUUCCGCUGCCCUGACUGCGGGAUGGGCUUCAAGCACAGCUCCACCCUCGUUACCCACCGGCGCAUCCACACCGGGGAGAGGCCCUACGAGUGUGGGGAAUGUGGGAUGAGCUUCAGCCGAAGCUCCAGCCUGAUCCAGCACCAGAGGAUCCACACCAGGGAACGGCCGUACCAGUGUGGGGAAUGUGGAAAGAGCUUCCGCCAGAAGUCCCACUUGAUCCGCCACCAGAACAUCCACUCUGGGGAAAGGCCACACAAAUGUGGGGAAUGUGGGAAGAGCUUCACCCAGAGGUCCAAACUGAUCAUCCACCAAAUGAUCCACACCGGUGAGAGGCCCUACGAGUGUCCUGAGUGUCAGAAGAGAUUUUGGACCACCUCAGAUCUCCUCCAGCACCAGCAGAUUCACACCGAGGAGAGGCCCUUCCUCUGCCCUGACUGCGGGAAGGGCUUCAAGCACAACUCCCACCUCGUCACCCACCAGCGCAUCCACACCGGGGAGAGGCCCUACGAGUGUCCCCAGUGUGGGAAGAGCUUCACCCAGAGCUCUAACUUGACCAGACACCAACGGACCCACUGCUAAGGGAAGCUCCGCAAGUGCCCCAACUGCAGGAAGAGCUUCAUGCACUGCCCCUACUCCAUCCCCCAUGGAAGGACCCACGUUGGUCAGAGCCCUGGUGACCCACGUUCCCUGUGAUCCCUGCUGAGAAGACACCUGGCUGGUGGUCUCCAUGUCCUCUUGUAUCCCCAUAGGCACCUGGAUGAACACAGGGGCAGGAACAUCCAUCAGGACUCUGAUCUAAACUGGAAAUUCAUUGGGAAGAAGUGAUUUGUUGACUUUACACCCAAAAAAUCUCACCUGCUCUGUCCA